AUGGAGGCGGCUGCGGCUCUGGCAGCCCUGGCGCUGGGGGUCCUGCUGCUGGCGCGGCCCGGCCCGGGGGCCAGCGUGGGGCGGGGGGCCGCCAAGAUGUUCCUGGAGAAGUAUGGCUACUUUGAUGAGCCAGCUCCUAAUGGACCCACUUCUGAGCAGUUCGCAGAAGCAGUGAGGGAGUUCCAGUGGGUGACCCACCUGCCGCUCAGCGGGGUCCUGGAUACUUCCACGCUCCACCAGAUGAACCUGCCACGAUGUGGUGUGAGUGAUGCAGAAAGCCACGCUGCCUGGGCCGAGCGGGUGCGCGCUCUGCUUUCUGGCAGAUGGGCCAAGACGAGACGCGGGAAGCGCUAUGCGCAGCAGGGUGGAAAGUGGUACAAGCGGCACUUAACCUACCGGAUUGUGAACUGGCCUUGGUAUCUGCCCCAGCACCAGGUGCGGCUGGCGGUGAAAGCGGCUUUCGAUCUCUGGAGCAAUGUCUCAUCCUUGGCGUUCUGGGAGGUGCUGGACAGCCCUGCUGACAUCCGCCUGGCUUUCUUCCACGGCGACCACAACGAUGGACUCAGCAACGCCUUCGAUGGGCCAGGGGGCGCCCUGGCGCACGCGUUCUUCCCCCGCCGUGGGGAGGCGCACUUCGACAGCGAUGAGCGGUGGUCCCUGCACAGCGGCAAGGGUCGCAACCUGUUUGUGGUGGUAGCACACGAGAUCGGGCACACGCUGGGGCUGGAGCACUCGCCCGUCAGGAGCGCCCUGAUGUCUCCCUAUUAUAAGAAGCUGGGCAAGGACUUUGUGCUGAGCUGGGAUGACAUCCUUGCUGUCCAGAACCUGUACGGAAAGCCUUCCAAGGGCUCAGCUGUGCGGCUUCCUGGGAAGUUAUUUGCUCAUUUCCAGGACUGGAGCCCUGAUUUUCCAGGCAAUGAUCAGCUGCAGGGGAGCCUCGGCUCUUAUUACUGCCAGUCCUUCUUCGAUGCUAUCACCAUCGACGCAGAUCACAACCUUUACAUCUUCAAAGGCCACCACUACUGGGUUGUGUCGAAGGGAGGCAAUGCCACCGAACCACAGCUGCUCCGGACCCGGUGGGCAGAGCUUCCAGCUGGCAUUGACGCGGCUGCUGUGUCAGAGGCAGACGGGAAAUUCUACUUCUUCAAAGGCGGCCGAUGCUGGCGAUACAAAGGGUCUGCCUUGGAGGCGGGAUUCCCCCAGAAGUGCAGCACCAGCAACCUUCCUCGCCACCCCGACGCGGCCCUCUAUUUCCAGCAGCUCCGCCACCUGGUGCUCUUCAAGGGCCCCAAGUACUACGUGGUGAGCGAGGAGUCCCUGCAGGUGGAGCCCUACUACCCCCGGAGCCUGAGGGACUGGAACGGAGUCCCGGCCGGGGUGGAUGGGGCCCUGACACAGCAGGAUGGCUUCGUGUACUUCUUCAGGGAGGACCAGUACUGGAAGUUCGACCAGGCCAAGCUACAGGUGUUGGCGACGGGGAAGUGGGCUGCCCAGCUGCCAUGGAUUGGCUGCUGGGGCAGGAAUUCCAGUCAGACUCUCUUCUGAUCUCCCACACACUUGGAUGUAACCAGGGGCCAUGCUGUGCCUUCCACCCCCCUCCACGCAUUGAUGACAAGGGCACAAUCCAGCCCUGAACUUGGCAUCGAAAAGAUGGCGGCUGAUCCCCAUCUCCUGCCCUGCUCUUUACCAGGAGGGCUUUUAUUCAGAUAAACCUUUCGCUUCCCACGUUGGUCCUUCACCCAGGUACCUCUUGUCAAUGAUCUACUUGAACUCCCAUCUCAGGAGCCAUCCCAAUGACUGCCACAGGCGAGCAGGGAUAGUCCCGGCCUUGAGGUGAACAGUGGACAGAUCUCUCUGGCCAGACUGUUCUUCAGUGGUUUAGUCAAUGUCCCCCCUAAACAGAAGGGCUAAAAUGGGUAUUUUACAGAGCUCUAGAGAAGACGAGACCAGCUUCUCAGUUCAAAGACAUCUCCGCUUGCGAACAGGAGGAGACUGGCCCUUUAGCCUGGCGAGGGAGAGGGAGACCGUACAAAAUAAAACCCUGUUGACUUUUUCCAUAUCUUUUUGGUUUUUUUCAUGUUGUUUUUCACAAUAUUUUUAAUGGGAAUUUUUAUCAAAACCACUAUUGACAUUUUUCGUUUACCCCAAACUGGGUUUUUCACUAGACCGUUGAUCGGAUAAAUGGGCCCAUGUUGAACCUGCGAAACAGAACAGAAUUUCCGAAUGAUUGGUGAUUUUUUUUUCUUCCGUUUUUCCAGCGGCUCCAAUCUUGCCAUGUUCAUUGGGUGACACAUGAGAACAACUCUGAUAAUUCUCUGGGCCAAAUUCAGGGGUUAACAUAAGCUAGUGUAACUCUCUGCGCGAUCCGGAAGAAGUUGUAAAUUACAGCAGUUUAGACUGGCAUCCAUUUGCUUAGUGGAGAAGGUCGUCUGCAUAGCUGUGAGAGUAUCCUAUGUAAACACAAAGCACUGUACAUGCCUAUUAAAACCCUUUGAAAUGGCAUCAGCUUGUGCUUCUGAAUUAGCUGGGAGCAUCCAAAGAGAAGAAUCGUCUCCUGAGGGCACCGGUGAAAGUUACGCUCCUGGAAACCAAAAUCUAGACUGGGAAAAUAGACAUAAUGGCGGGGGUUGAGGGAGGUUUGGAUUACGUGGAACAUAAUAGGUCUGCUCCAUCUCUGGCUCCUGGCUGAUUCAGCGAUUUCCCAAGUAACGCUGGGAUGUGGUGCUCAGUGGUGGGGCCACAUUACACAGAUGACUCAGCUAGGGAAUUUCUCUGCCUGGUCUCUGGGGGUUGUAUUGAUGACAUUCUCUCCAUCUUCUUGGAGAUGUGUCACUUCUGGAUGCCUAAGCGGGAGCUGGCCCGGGUAGCCCAGGAAAUCAAGAAACAGAAUGGUAACCCUAGGCUUGCAUCCUGCGCACGCUGCAGAAGUUGCACAGCAGGGUUUGUUCCUGUGCUGGGAGAGGGGCCUGCCGAGAUGUUGCCCUGUUUUCUUUCAAGAAGACUUUGGACUCUCAACUCCUAAGCCCCCGGGAGGGGGAGUGAAUGUCUCAGAGGAGGCAGAGGGGGACACAUGUUUUGCUGGAGUCUGCCAUCAAAAGCAUUUCAAUUCUUGUCUAAAGCUGCCUCCUCACCAGCGGCUGUCCUGGCUCACACCCUCUUUGGAGGUGACCUGGCUUCCAGCCUCUCCAGUUUUCACUUGCAGUUUGUGGCUCUCCAGUUUUGUUGAUUUAAGCCUCUCUGGGUUUGCCUGGCAUCCUGGUUUGAUCCAGCAGAGGGCACUCCUGGGCAGGAAUUAAGGGAUUUUAUAACAAUGUAGGGUAAGGCAGCCUUUCCCAUAUAAAAACCAAAUCCCAGUUCCUUGGCCCUCUCCCCAAAGCUUAUCAAACCACAGCAUGCCCAAAAGGUCACCGAAUUGGGCUGGUUUGACUCUGGUAGAAGAGCAAUUUCCAGAGUCCUCUAGCCUUCGCAGAGAAUGCUGUACCCAGGGCCGGCUUUAUGACCUGCGGGGCCCGAUUGGAAUCCUCGGCAGCGGUUCGGGGCUUUGGUGGCACCACUAGGGUCAGAGACCUCCUGGACUACGACGGGGGGACUGGGUAGAUCCCCACAAGCUCGGUCGGUGCAUGGGGCUCUCCAUCCUUUCGACUCCCCUACGUGUACUCCAGGAGGCGGAGGCUGCUUUGUCACCUGUUUCUCUCGUCUUCCUGCAGCGGGCCCUGCGAGAGGCGCUCCCCACCCACCCCUCACCCCAGGCCCUCCAGACAUUUUUAUUCGGCCCCUGUUGUGUGAUCGCCCCUGGCCUCCCCAUUCCAACACCCCGAGCCAGCUGCACACCUUGGAGCCGGUCCAGUUCCAAACCGCGCCUAGGUACCAACUGUACACGCUCGUGCUCCACACACUGCAUUUCCUCACCCUCGCAUCCCGCCCCGACACCAAAUGGCAGGACUGUCUUCCACUUAAAGAGGGUGAGGAGCCCCGGUGGGGCAGCCUUUAUUCCACCUGGUCCCACAGCCCACCGGGGACAUUGGUUGGCGGCUCCUUCACGGAGCCGUGAGCACAGGCGUGUACCUCGCGCGGUUCACACCCGUACCCGAGGCCUGCCCCUUUUGAGGCGUGAGAGAGAACCUGGCACAUGCCUAUCUUGAAUGCGCCAGGUUGCAGCCCCUAUUCCGGCUUCUCCAGAACCUCUUGUAGAGGUUCUGGCUGCACUUUUCCCCUCACCUGUUCCUUUUUGCACACCCCAUCUGUGGCCCCACAAAGUCUUGAGACCUUGUCGAUCUUCUCCUGGCCCUGGCCAAACUCUCCAUCUACACUGCCAGGAGGAGUAUGCUGGACGAGUGGGUGCUUUGCACUGUGGGGCCUAUUGCCGUUCCUCCCUAGUUUCACGCGUCUGGGCAGAGUUCCACUGGGCAGCGUCCGCUGGCUCCCUCGACACCUUUGAGGAGCAGCGGGUGCUGUCCGGGGUUCUCUGCUCGGUGUCCCCAUCCGGAACCCUCGUUUUGAACCUAUGACCUUCGCCUCAGUCCCUGUUUUCCUCAUUUGUUGUUCCCUGCAUUCCUUUGGUCCCUGGAUCCAGUGGUCCUUGCCGCUAGGCUGGGGGAGGGGCCUCUAGAAGUGGGCAGGCUUCUGCCCGCCCGCCCCCCCGGG